CCUCUGCCCCUGCUGCCCAUUGGCACAGCAGCCGGAGCAGGAGGACCACAAAGGGGAGGGCCGAGCGGGCCCCCUCUCCUCCCUGCAGCAGAAGAUGUGUGCUCCUCUGAGUGGGAACUGUUUGUGAAAGAGCUCAGAGUCCGGAGCCCGAGCGGUCGACUCUAAUUAUCAGGUGUCGUGAGCAGCUCCUGUGCCGACUGGACGUCCGCAGGCCUCUCCAUCUGAAGUGCAGCCGGAGAAGAAGAACUCUUGUGGGUCUGUCGAGCGUGGAGGCCAGAGAGUGAGAGAUGGACACAUGCGCCUGCGCUUUGGAGCUGCUGGGGAUGCUGGUGUAUGUCGGAGCGUGGCUGUGCGCUUUGGCCACCACCAUCUUACCGCAGUGGCUGACCAUGUCCACUGCCCUGCUGCCGGUGGAGAGCUACGAGCUGGGCCUGUGGGAGACGUGCGUGGUCCAGGACGUCGGGGGCAUGGAGUGCAGAGCUUACGACAGCCUGCUGGGCCUUUCCAGUGACCUCAAGCUGGCCCGCAUCCUCAUGUGCUCUUCCCUUGGUGUGGGCGUGCUGGGAAUGUUAGUGGCUAUACCUGGACUUUACCUGGUCAACAGCUGUAGAGAACACGGAGGCUGCAGGACCAAGAGGACUUUAACCAUCAUAGGAGGGGUGCUGGGAAUGAUUUCUGGAGUGCUGUGUCUGAUCCCCGUGUCCUACAUGGCCCAUUUAGCUGUGAUACAUUUCUUUGAUGAUAAAGUACCCGACGUGGUGCCGCGGUGGGAGUUUGGCGAUGCCCUGUUCUGCGGCUGGGCCGGAGGAUUCCUCCUCAUAGUGGCCGGGCUCCUUCUGGUCACCUCUUGCUUAUGCUCGCAGGUGGAGCCUCAGCCUGUGCUGCAGCGCAGAUACCAGGUCAUGAGUACAGAUGUUUCCUUCAGGAAGCGCUCAGAGUACGUUUAAGGGACAAAUCAUAGAACAGUUACAGUUUCCUGCAUAGAGACUGACAGCACAACACAAAUCACCUGUAGAACUGCACUUCAAACUGCUUCGAAAUAAUGAUGUAAAUAUCAAACAUCAUGUAUCAGAGUUGCUUUGUCACUUGUGGAUUUUGAUCAAAAGUUUUGUAAAACGGUGAAAAUGAGACCACCAAAUCCUCAGUGAAUGUGUGUUGCACCUGUUCUUAAUGACUCACCCGCACAAUCCAACAAUACAGUUUCAAAGAACCUGCUGUGACCAGUAAAAAUGAAUAUUUUUCUAAAGAUAUGUUUUAUAAAAUGCUUUAUGUUCCUUAUUCUGAGGCGGCUUCUGGUUCUGUCCCUUAUCAGUGCCAACAAAGAAGAAAAUACAGUUUCAGGUCUGUUUUACAGGACGCCGUAGCUUUUACAAUGCUGUGAUUAUAAGUUAUUCUUAAUACUAAAAUAUAGAGAAAGCACAAAAUAUUCUGUUCCCGGUUAUGUUUGCUUAUGUGCUGCACUGUGCAGCACAUUCAGAUGAUUCACAUAAAGAGCUGAAU